CACGACGUUCUAGACCAGCAAUGUUUUGCUAUACUGUUAGCACUAGUUGUCUGGUAAACCUAAGCUCGCCCAGACGAAAUUACUUUUAAGUGUGGAAUUAGCUGUCAAAAUUACGAGCAGGGCCCCUGGGGGUUAGAAUACAAAAUAAGCUAGAAAAGGAAAAUACUGGAACGCUACUGCACAGAGUGAAACAGGAGAAGAAAAUUCAAUACCAUUUCUUCACGGAGGUAUCGAAUCCCUGGUCGGCUCCUGAUUGUUUCAGGAGACCAGGACAGGGAGGUGGAAGAAGAAGAUGACCAGGGAAAUACCAACCUAUAUGGAUUUGGGGGCCAAGGUCACGCCCAUGGGCCAGGCCAUCGCCAGGCCCGUCGAGAAAAUGUGAACAUAAUGCCCGGCUGGAUCGCAUUCAUCCCCUUCCUUUUGAUGUACGGCACCGUCGUCCUCGGGUGGAUAAUGAAGAGGACCCUCAGGGCACGCGCUACCGACGAAGCUCAGGGUACACAAGAGAACCGGGAACAGGAUAACGCAGAGGAUCAGGGAAACAAAAAGAAAACGGAGUGAAUAAGAAAACGGGAUAUACUUUAGGGGAGACUGCUGUGUGUGCUUUGGUGGGAAUUUUGAUGUGAUUUUUGCCAUCAUUAUUUUUUAGUUAUAGUUGAUUCGUGCCCUUUUUUUUCCUCGUGGAAUAAACGAACUUAAUAAAUCUACCCAACUUUUUUAUAUAUAUGUCGAAGUAUUUUGUUGCUGGGAAUCUAUAAACGAAAAUUACAGUGAUGCCUUUCCAAGAUGAAACUUCGUUGUUACAAAGAUUCGAUCUAAAGGUCGAGCACUUGGAUUACAGCUACGUGAGAGACUGCAGCGACGAAAGGACGCUGGAGAGGAUUAUCAGAGUCCUUAGAUCAGGCCAGGAGGGAUCCUAUCCAGACUUGCUGAGGUUUACGGAAGAUCGCCUGGCAUCUCUACAUCCGGAGAGUCGAGUGCUGAUUGCAGACAAGCCAGCUGCCAGAGUGUCAGAUCUUCCCUUAAACGAACUCGACGCCAUUCGAGAGGAUCUAAAGCAGUGGACUCUGGACAUCAAAGAAAGAGAAGAAGAACUUACCCGCUACGAGGUCAUACGAGCACCCGUGCCCCCAGUCCGGAAUGCCCAAGGAGACAAACCUCCAGCCGCCAUCUCCGAAGGGGAGGCGACCAAACCGCACCAGCUCUCGAGCGAAGAAAGAGACUCCUUACUUGCAACAGGUGACGAAUACCUCCGGCGUGGCAACAUCCUCCAGGCGUCGCUGCAGUUCCAGAAGGUCUUGGCCAGCGAGCCCUUCAACCAGGAGGCCCUGAAGGGCAUGGAGUCCAUCCACGACAGUCCGAAGACGGCUCCGAAGGGCGGCAGGAAGAUAGUCAUCGAGGAGAUACUUUGAAAUGGCGCAGCCAGUGUCCGCCAUUUUUGCCUAGUUGGUAUAUUGACUCUGAAAGAUAAAUAUUUUAAAAAAUUCACAUCCAGAAUAAAUAUGAAUAAACGCUCAUGCAGUUUAAGAAAGGGUUCACAAAAAGGAAAAGGAAUAAAGUGGGAAAAUAAUAUCCAGUUAAUAUUCCACCAAAGGGGAUUUAUAUACGAACAUAAUUUCUGAAUGAUAUAACGCCUUGUUAGUUAUGUAUUGUAGGUCAUUGUCACUUUUAAAGAAAUAGUAUAUUUGGAAAAUAAUAGUAUUUUUUUCGUUUUUCGUUUGUUGAAGGCUGCGCUGUAGUUGAAUGUUGAAUGUAAUAUAUUUGGCAAUUUAUAAUUUAUCUGUAAAAUAAUAUCGUAGAUAAA